AACGUUUUGGCAUUUGCUUGUUGUUUUUUUCUCUUUCUCUACUUUUUUCCCUGCAUAUGUUGACUGGAUAAGCACAUCAUUUUACGCUCACAUGUCAUACUCUUCACACGCCAAGACACUAUGCAAGAAAAAAGGAUCAGAUAGAUAACAAUUUUUAUUGGGUGGGCCAACGGUGAUCCCAUAACUAAUAUUGUUGUUUUGGCCUUAUUUCAUAUAGGAAAAAAGGAUAAAGCAGCUCAAUUGGCGUUUCGUGAAAAGAUCGGAUUGGUCACUAUCAUCCUGUGGAUCAUGGCUUUUGUGGGGUUCCUAACAUUCGGUUUUACUCAAGCGGUGUGCCCACGUCCUGCUCUCAGCUAUCGAAUAGACGAUCUCAACAACGGUUACGUAGUCAUUAACGGAUGGGCUUAUCUACUGGCAUCAUGGAACGACCAUCCGCCUAUUCCAGGGUUAACCGAAGAUAACACCAAUCCGACUUAUCCGCCUAUCGAUGCAGGUGGAAAAGAUGCCUCCUUCUUGUUUCAGACCAUCAAUAAAGCUUGUGCCUCAGUUAUCACCUCUGCCUCCAAUUUACCCGUCGGCCAAGACAGUUCACUACCCACCUACUUUCCAUGCAGACUUUUCAACACCCAUACACUCGACGUACCUGAUCCAUCCACUUACGGAAAUGCGACAGGGUGUCAUACCUCAUCUUUGGCUCGAUCCUCUUUCCAAGCCAUGAAGACAUACGGCGUUCCAAAACCGAAUGGCGGUUUUGACAAAGCCGGACGAGUAUAUUAUGACUGGAAGCAUGUCAACAGUAGUAGUUACUUGGCCGUCUAUAACAGUAACGUGCUAAAUCUAAACUUACUUCACGCACUGCCACAACAGUUGAUCAGGCUCCCUCCCAACGGUCUCUUCGCCAGUAUAUUGAACAACCCCGCAGUCUACGGAGGGCAGGACAUUACACAUAUAGUGGCAUCACGUCGCAUCGAUGGCUCUACAUGGAAGCAAGAAGCGAAAUGCUUGACAGAGAUCAUCAAAGUGGGCGAAAUUGACACCAAGAGUGUGGGAUGCAUUGCCUCGGAUGUCGUACUGUAUACUUCGCUGCUCGUUAUUCUUGGUGUCAUUCUCGUCAAAUUUGGCUUGGCCGUGCUGUUUGGCUGGUGUCUCUCCUGGAAACUGGGUAAUUUUAAAGAAGGUCGAUCCUACAAAGAACGCAUGAAACGAGAACUGGAAAUUGAAAACUGGACAUCCGGCAUCCAUCGGCCCGCUGAAGCGAUCCAACCUCACGAGAAAGUGCUACCGUAUCCCGUUCGACAUAGACGCUCUCUUAUGCCAAAAACCUCUCGCUUCACCUUACCCGAAGCAGGCUCCAUGCAUUUUAAUGCUCUUGAACGCCCAAGCAAUGUCAUUUGGAAGCAAUCGCCCGAAGUACGUGUUUUGUCAUCCUACAACUCUUCCGUUGCAUUAGCCUCCGGGAUGACGCCGCUGGCUGAACCAAGUUCACUUCGUCCUCUAGGUUCAGACAAUGGACGCAGUUAUUCUUCCAGACGUCAAAGUGGAACCAGUCCUGACUCUGGACGUUCAUCCAUGACUUCAACUUCGGGUGUAAGCCAUGGUUCUCUUCAGCAUUCUUGUCCUUAUCCUGUGUCCGCCCAUGCUAUACCACCGCCCAAAUCGGAUUACAUGCCGUUUGGGUUCUCUCUUGUUCAUACCAUUUGCUUGGUGACUUGUUACUCGGAAGGCAUCGACGGUUUGCGAACGACACUGGAUUCCAUCGCCACCACAGACUACCCAAAUUCACAUAAAUUAAUCAUGGUGAUCGCUGACGGUAUUAUCACUGGCCAUGGAAACUCAAUGUCGACACCGGACAUUUGUUUAUCCAUGAUGCAUGAUUUCCUUAUUCCACCUGAGCAAGUGCAGCCCUACUCGUAUGUAGCCAUUGCUGACGGCGCUCACCGACAUAAUAUGGCUAAAAUAUACUCCGGUUUCUAUCGAUACGACGACGCCACGGUGGAUCCUUCCCAGCAACAGCGGGUGCCAAUGAUUAUCAUUAGCAAGACUGGCGCACCGGAAGAAGCCAAAGAAAGCAAGCCCGGUAAUCGCGGCAAACGCGAUUCUCAAGUCAUUCUCAUGUCGUUUUUGCAAAAAGUCAUGUUUGACGAGCGCAUGACCAUGCUUGACUACGAGCUCUUUACCAAUAUCUGGCGGAUCACCGGAAAUAGCCCGGAUAAAUAUGAGAUCGUCCUCAUGGUAGAUGCCGAUACCAAAGUGUAUCCAGAUGCCCUCAGUCGCUUGGUCAGUUGCAUGGUCAAUGAUCCCGAAAUAUCCGGUUUGUGUGGUGAAACCAAGAUUGGCAAUAAAACUGACAGCUGGGUGUCCAUGAUCCAAGUGUUCGAAUACUAUAUAUCACAUCAUCAGAGCAAGGCAUUCGAGUCCAUUUUUGGUAAUGUCACCUGCUUACCGGGAUGUUUCUGCAUGUAUCGAAUCAAAGCACCAAAAGGGAACAAUGGCCAUUGGGUACCUAUUCUCGCCAAUCCCGAUAUUAUUGAACGGUAUUCCGAAAAUGUCGUCGACACCCUCCACAAGAAAAAUCUUUUACUGCUGGGUGAAGACCGAUACCUGUCUACGCUGAUGCUCAAGACAUUUCCGCGUCGCAAAAUGAUCUUUGUUCCUCAGGCUGUAUGCAAAACGGUGGUGCCUGACUCGUUUUCCGUACUGCUGUCGCAACGUCGUCGAUGGAUCAAUUCCACUAUCCACAAUCUCAUGGAACUUUUAUUUGUUCACGACUUGUGUGGCACUUUCUGCUUCUCCAUGCAAUUUGUAGUGUUCAUGGAACUUGUGGGUACCUUGGCGCUGCCUGCAGCUAUCUCGUUUACCCUGUACCUGAUUAUCCUUGCUCUCAUGGGUCAGCCGGCCGUUUUAUCUCUCAUCUUACUGGCGCUGAUCCUGGGACUACCGGCUGUGCUGAUUGUUAUGACAAGUCGCAAACUCGUCUACAUCGGGUGGAUGUUGAUCUAUCUGUUCAGUUUGCCUAUAUGGAAUUUCGUAUUGCCGACCUAUGCAUACUGGCAUUUUGACGACUUUACGUGGGGUGAAACGCGUAAAGUGCAAGGCGCUGAUAAAAGUCAUCAUGGAGAUAGAGAAGGAGAAUUCGACAGUUCCAAAAUCGUCAUGAAAAAAUGGAGCGAAUACGAGCGGGAUCGCAAACUUCGCAUGGUGCAACAGAAGAACAUGGACCUUAAUUCUUCCCUUCCAUUUCGUCCUUUAUCUUAUCGACAGUAUCCCUCUGUCACCGAUUUAUCGCAGGAUCUGGACAGGCCAGCUUCGAUUGCUACCCCUAUUGCUUCGCGCAUGUUGGCAGCUCGACGCCAAAACAGCGAAUUAUCGAGUUCACAUACGAACUCGUCACCGAGUUCGACUUCCAUCACAUCUCGAUUACAGCAGCGGAUGGAUGCAUUCAGUUCAGAUACUGUACUUUCAACCGCAGCCUCCAAGGAAUUCAGUGAUCCCGGUCAUGGACACAGCCAAGAUCCCAAUCACGACACACCAGGUGCCUUGAGCGAUUGGCGCAGAAGUUUAGAAUUUUUGAAUCGGCACGACACGGUCGACCUGAACGUAGGCUUUCCAUUGCCUGCAUCAUCAACCAAGAACAAUUAAUUUGAUAGUAAUCCCCUUCUUGUUCGCUCUGUUGGCAAAAAAAAAAAGACAGUAGAGCGAUACUAUUCCAUCAAUAGCAUUUCUCACUAUGUAUAAGUACUUCAUGUUUCUUGCGAUUUACAAAGGAAAAAAAAAGUAUUAUUUUUGAUUUGACGCAAA